UGCGCAACGGUUCUGGCGAAUUUCAGUUCAUGGACAAAACCCUUACAUCUCUCUGUGUAUGUAUUUUUGUUCGUGAUUAUACUCUCAAAAGCAGGGCUUAGCUACGGGAUUUUAAGCUCUCACUCUUAACAAAUGUCUUCUACACUCGAAAUCGAAGCUCGAGAUGUCAUUAAGAUAGUUCUUCAAUUCUGCAAGGAGAACUCUCUGCAUCAAUCUUUCCAGACAUUGCAAAAUGAGUGCCAGGUUUCUCUUAAUACUGUGGAUAGCCUUGAAACCUUUAUAGCUGAUAUUAAUAGUGGAAGAUGGGAUGCAGUACUACCUCAAGUUGCACAACUUAAGCUUCCUAGAAAGAUACUGGAGGAUUUAUAUGAGCAGAUUGUCUUAGAAAUGAUUGAACUUCGAGAGAUGGAUACUGCACGAGCUAUUUUAAGGCAAACCAACGUGAUGGGUGUCAUGAAACAGGAGCAACCAGAAAGAUAUUUGCGGCUCGAGCAUCUACUAGUCCGGACUUACUUCGAUCCUCAUGAGGCUUAUAAUGACUCAACCAAGGAGAAAAGGCGUGCCCAAAUUUCCCAAGCACUUUCUGCUGAGGUUUCUGUUGUUCCACCAUCACGCUUAAUGGCUUUGAUUGGUCAAGCCUUAAAAUGGCAACAGCAUCAAGGUUUACUUCCACCUGGAACACAGUUUGAUCUAUUCCGAGGAACAGCUGCUAUGAAACAAGAUGAAGAGGAUAUGUAUCCGACAACACUUGGUCACACUAUUAAGUUUGGUAAGAAGAGUCAUCCAGAAUGUUCUAGGUUCUCACCGGAUGGACAAUUUCUUGUCUCAUGCUCAGUUGAUGGAUUUAUUGAGGUCUGGGAUCACAUAAGUGGAAAACUGAAGAAGGAUCUUCAAUAUCAGGCUGAUGAAACUUUUAUGAUGCAUGAUGAUGCUGUCCUUUGUGUUGAUUUUAGCAGAGACUCGGAGAUGCUUGCGUCUGGGUCACAAGAUGGAAAAAUAAAGGUCUGGCGCAUAAGGACUGGUCAGUGCUUGCGUCGCCUUGAACGUGCACAUUCUCAGGGUGUCACUAGUCUUGUCUUCUCUCGAGAUGGAACUCAGAUCUUAAGCACAUCCUUUGACAGCACAGCGAGAAUUCAUGGCCUGAAGUCAGGUAAAUUGUUAAAAGAAUUCCGCGGACAUUCAUCUUAUGUGAAUGAUGCCAUCUUUACCUUUGAUGGAUCUCGAGUCAUCACCGCAUCUAGUGACGGCUCAGUGAAGGUCUGGGAUGCCAAAACUACAGAGUGUUUGCAGACAUUUAGACCACCUCCUCCUUUAAGGGGUGGCGAUGCAUCUGUGAAUUCUGUCCAUCUUUUCCCUAAGAAUACUGAUCACAUUAUAGUGUGCAAUAAGACAUCAUCUAUUUAUCUGAUGACACUUCAAGGACAGGUCGUCAAAAGUUUCUCAUCUGGUAAAAGAGAAGGUGGAGACUUUGUGGCUGCAUGUCUAUCACCAAAAGGAGAAUGGAUAUACUGUGUAGGUGAAGACAGAAACUUGUACUGCUUUAGUUAUCAAUCAAACAAACUGGAGCAUCUGAUGAAGGUACAUGAAAAGGAUGUAAUUGGUAUCACUCACCAUCCCCAUAUAAACCUUGUUGCCACCUAUGGAGAAGACUGCACCAUGAAGCUAUGGAAGCCUUAAACAUUCCUUUGCCAUGUUGUCACCUUCGUGUAAAAGUGGACUAACAUUCUGUAUGAUUGUUUCUUGGUGCUGACUAGUAAUACUUGGUGUUUAGUGUAACGCUAUUUUCAUAAUCAAUGUAUAUUUAUCUCUGAUAUAUAUUUUUUGUUUGAACUUAAGUCUAUUCAAUCAGAUGCCUCAUGUAAGUGUCUUUACUAAACCUUUGGUAGCAAAAGGAGUUUAUGCUAUGAGUAUUAGGUCUUCUUUUUUGUGA